AUGGAAGGAUAUCUUAAAAAGUGGAUAAACAUUGUUACUAGAUGGUAGGAUAGAUAUUUUAUUUUGAAUGAUCAUAUUCUGCAUUAUUGUGAGCAUUAAGGUGGUUAGUCUAAAGGUUAGAUUCAUUUAAAAGUGGCUGCUAUAAUAUUAGUACCUGAAGAUCCUUUGAGGAUAAUUAUAAACACAGGGACAAAUGAAAUAUAGGUUAGAGCUUCAAGUGUACCAGAAAAGAUUGAAUGGGUAAAUGCUUUAAAAAGAGCAUAAGAAAGUUGUUAAGAAACAAUUCCUAGAGAUUCUCUUAAAGAAGUAAAUAAUAUUCUAACAGAUAUUUGGGUUACUUAGGCUGCAUGUACAAUACUUAUUCUCUAUAAUAAUUAGUUGAUGAAACUUUAAAUUUACUUGUGCCUAAAUUGGAAAGAUAACCAAAAUAUGUAGAAUUAGUUGAAAAAUUAAGUGAGUUAGCUUAAAAGAUUAAAAUGAAUGUGACAAUAUGUACUUAAUUAUUAGAAGUUGAAAAAUAAAAGUUAGAGUCUCAAUAAUCAGGUAAUUUUUGAAUUAAUAUUAAGAUGAUAAUUAAACUUUAUUUUAAUCAUUUAGAAACAUCUCAACAAGAAUAGAAGAUUUUAAUCGAUAAAGUUCAGAAAUAAGUACUAACAGUUCUUUAUCAAUUCAAGAUAUUUUAGAACAUAUCAAAUAUGAUUAGCCAAUAAAAUAUGUAUUAAUAAUAUAUUAAUAUAUAUUAGAAAAAUUUAAUAAACAAUGCUGUGUUUUAAAAAAUAUAAUUCACAAAUUAAUAAUCUAGAAUAGCAUUACCUAGAACAUAAGAUCCAAAUGAGAAAAUAAAAGUUUGGAGUUUUAUUAAAGAUUUAAUAGGAAAAGAUCUAUCAAAAUUUGCUGUUCCUGUUUAUUUCAAUGAACCUUUAUCUAUGCUUUAAAGAUUAGCUGAGAAUUUAGAAUAUUAUUAAACAUUAGUUGAUGCCAAUUAAGAAUAAGAUUAAUGGUUAAGAAUGUGUUAUGUAAUGGGUUUUGCAGUGAGUGCUUAUUCAAGUAAUAUUGAUAGACAUAAGAAGCCAUUUAAUCCUAUUUUAGGUGAGACAUUUGAAAUCUAAAAUAAAUAAUUUAGAUUUAUAAGUGAAUAAGUAUCUCAUCAUCCUCCAAUAUCAGCUGGAUAUGCAGAAUCUAUAGAUUUUGAAAUGUAGAUGUAAACAGAUAUUAAAACUAAAAUGUCACCUAGAACUAUGGAAGUUUAACCUUUAGGAAAUAUUUAUAUUAAAUUAAAAUAAUUUAAUGAUCAUAUAUCCUAUAAUAAAUGUACUACAAAAGUUCAUAAUAUUAUUUUUGGAAAUAUGUAUAUUGAACAUAUUGGUGAUAUGAAUUUUAAUAAUCAUACUACAAAUGAUAGAGGAGUCUUAACUCUAUCAGAAAAUCAUAAAAUGGUUGGAACUGUUUUUGAUAACAAUGGAAAAGAAAAAUAUAAAUUAAAAGGAUUAUGGAAUGAUUAAUUGAUUGCUCGUAAUGUUUAAACAGGAAGAGAAAUUAUUGUCUGGAAAAGAUAUGAUUUACCUUAAGAUUAUAAGAAUUAUUUCUUUUUUACUAAAUUUGCUUUAAAUUUAAAUCUCCUUAAUAUAGAAUUAAUUAAAUCACUCCCAUGUACUGAUUGUAGAUUAAGACCUGAUUAAUUAGCUUUAGAAUACGGUUUUAUUGAUUUAGCUGCUGAUGAAAAACAUCGACUAGAAUAAAAAUAAAGAUUACGAAGAAAAGAAAUGUAAAUUGCAGGUUAAAAACAUUCACCUGCAUUUUUUGAAAUGAUUAAAGAACCAUGUACAAACGAAUUAAUUUAUAAAUAUAAAGGAAAUUAUUGGAGAAAAAAAGGAGAAGGUUUAGACUUAUUUUGA